GAGGAGGUGGAGGAGGCGGUGGCGGCUGGGGUCUGACGCGGCCCGGUUCGUGGGGGCCCGCUUGUUUAUUUAUUUAUUUCUAGUGGGUGCCGCCGGCGUGUGCGCGCGCUCUCGCUGCUCGGCGGGGAGGGGGUGGGGGGAGGGCCGGCGCCCGGGGGGAGUUGGAGCCGGGGUCGAAACGCCGCGUGACUCGUAGGUGAGAACGCCGAGCCACCACCGCCGCCGCCGCUGCCGCCGCCGAGAAGCCCUUGUUCCCGCUGCGGGGAGGAGAGUCUGGUGCCUACAAGAUGGCGGACGGGGAGCUGAACGUGGACAGCCUCAUCACCCGCCUGCUGGAGGUACGAGGAUGUCGUCCGGGAAAAAUUGUGCAGAUGACUGAAGCAGAAGUCCGAGGACUGUGUAUCAAGUCUCGUGAAAUCUUUCUUAGCCAGCCUAUUCUUUUGGAAUUGGAAGCGCCACUGAAGAUUUGUGGAGAUAUUCAUGGACAGUAUACAGACUUACUGAGAUUAUUUGAAUAUGGAGGUUUUCCACCAGAAGCCAACUAUCUUUUCUUAGGAGAUUAUGUGGACAGAGGAAAGCAGUCUUUGGAAACCAUCUGUUUGCUAUUGGCUUACAAAAUCAAAUACCCGGAGAACUUCUUUCUUCCAAGAGGAAACCAUGAGUGUGCUAGCAUCAACCGCAUUUAUGGAUUCUAUGAUGAGUGCAAACGAAGAUUUAAUAUUAAAUUGUGGAAGACAUUCACUGAUUGUUUUAAUUGUCUGCCUAUAGCUGCUAUUGUUGAUGAGAAAAUCUUCUGCUGUCAUGGAGGACUGUCACCAGACCUACAGUCUAUGGAACAGAUUCGGAGAAUUAUGAGACCCACUGACGUACCUGAUACAGGUUUGCUUUGUGAUUUACUGUGCUCCGACCCAGAUAAGGAUGUACAAGGCUGGGGAGAAAAUGAUCGUGGUGUUUCUUUUACUUUUGGAGCUGAUGUAGUCAGUAAAUUUCUGAAUCGUCAUGAUUUGGACUUGAUUUGUCGAGCCCAUCAGGUGGUAGAAGAUGGAUAUGAAUUUUUUGCUAAACGACAAUUGGUAACUUUAUUUUCUGCCCCAAAUUACUGUGGCGAGUUUGACAAUGCUGGUGGUAUGAUGAGUGUGGAUGAAACUUUGAUGUGUUCAUUCCAGAUAUUGAAACCAUCUGAAAAGAAAGCUAAGUACCAGUAUGGUGGGCUGAAUUCUGGACGUCCUGUCACUCCGCCUCGAACAGCUAAUCCACCGAAGAAAAGGUGAAGACAGGAAUUCCGGAAAGAGAAACCAUCAGAUUUGUUAAGGACAUACUUCAUAAUAUAUAAGUGUGCACUGUAAAACCAUCCAGCCAUUCGACACCCUUUAUGAUGUCACACCUUUAACUUAAGGAGACGGGUAAAGGAUCUUAAAUUUUUUUCUAAUAGAAAGAUGUGCUACACUGUAUUGUAAUAAGUAUACUCUGUUAUAAUAUUCAACAAAGUUAAAUUCAAAUUCAAAAGUAUCCAUUAAAGUUCUAUCUUCUCAUAUCACAGUUUUUAAAGUUGAAAAGCAUCCCAGUUAAACUAGCUGUGUUAGUUACCCAGAUGAAAGCAUGAAGAUCCAUCUGUGUGAUGUGGUUUUAGUGUUGCUUGGUUGUUUCAUUAUUUUGGGCUUGUUUUGUUUUGUUUGUUUUUGCUAGAAUAAUGGCAUCUACUUUUCCUGUUCUUCCCUAACCAUUUUAAAAAGUGAAAAUGGGAAGAGCUUUAAAGACGUUCACCGACUAUUACUUUCCUUCACUCAUCUACUUAAGUAACUGUUGGAUCUUACUAAGAAAACUGACGCCUCAUAAUAAAAAGGAACUUUAGAGGCCGAUAGGUUUUAAAAAUAUACAAACUAUUUGAUCCAAUGAUUUUAAUCAAACAGUUUGACUGGGCAAACUUUGCAGCUGAUAAUGACUAUUUCGCUUUUUACAAAUUGCCACUGAUUUGGAUUUGUGCACUCUAACCUUUAAUUUAUUGAUGCUCUAUUGUGCAGUAGAUUUCAUUUAAGAUAAGGCUCAUAUAGUAUCCAAAACUAGUUGGUGAUGUGAUUAUGUGGUACCUUGGCUUUAGGUUUUAAUUGGAACGAGACCCCUUUUGGCAUGCUUAACUUUCUGGUAUUACCCUCACCUGCAUUGGUUUUGUUUUUUUGGGUUUUUGUUGUUGUUUGUUUGUUUGUUUUUAGAUCCACAGAACAUGAGAAUCCUUUGUGAGGAGCCUUGGAAAGCUGGCUCUUCUUUCCCUCUCUAUGUGAAGGAUGUGUUUAAAUGAACGCUGGUCAGUGGGACAUUGUCAGCUCUGAGCACUGGGUGCUUCACUGGCUAAUAAUUGCCAUGUGAAUGUUGUUUUUGACUGUAAGGCUAUGUCACUAAAGAUUUUUACUCUGCGUUUUCAUAAUCAAAGGUCAUGAUGUGUAUAGACACGCUUUGUAGUGAAGUAUAGUAGCAAUAAUUUCUGCACAUGAUUGAGAGUUUAUUGCAGCAUUUCUUUCCCUGUUCUCUCUUUUUUAAGGGUUAGCAUUAACAAAUGUCAAGGAAUAGCAAAGUCAACAAAGACUUUAGGAGGUGGAAUCAAGAACACACAGAUUUGUGAUUCUUUGGAUGUGACACUUAUUGGAUGUUAUUCUAAAGUCUUAUUGAACAUUGUCAAAUUUGUAAGCUUCAUGGGGAUGGACAUAAUGUUUAUAUAAUGCCCUUCUUAUGUGUUACCAUAGAUGUGAAACCUUAUAUUGUCUUUGAAAAUGUUAAAUUGAGAACUCUGUUAACAUUUUAUGGAUUGGCACAUUAUAUUACUGCAAGAAACAUUUGAUUUUCAGCACAGUGCAAAAGUUCUUUAAAAUGCAUAUGUCUUUUUUUCUAAUUCCAUUUUGUUUAAAGCACAUUUUAAAUGUAGUUUUCUCAUUUAGUAAAAGUUGUCUAAUUGAUACGAAGUCUGUGUUGUUUUUGUUUUACAGUGAGACAUGCAAGCACAAAUUGACAAUAGACUGAAAGUGUUCCUGAGUGGUAGCCAUGUUCCAUUAGGUCACACAUGGUUUUAUUAAUGUGAUUUGAUAACUUUCAUACUGGAGUAUAAAUCAAACAAUUGCUAGUAGGAUUUUAGAUGUUAUCUCUGAGUAAUCAAUACUUAAGGUAGCUCAAGAAAACAAGCCUUAGUUUCAAUAUUAGUUAAUCUACCCUAACCUGUAUCGUGAAUUGUUUUUUUUAUAAAUGUUCAUUCAAAUGAAAACAGGGCAGGAAAAGUAAGCAAAUUAGUAUUGGUUGUUAAAGGAGAGACAUUUACCAUGUUGAAAAAUUAUUCAGAUCUCUUAAAACUGCUUUAUAGCUUCUCAUUACAGUACUCAAUACAUCAUGUUUUCCUAACAACAAUAACACAGAUUAUUAAUUAAACCAGUUUACUGACAGUCACAAAGACAAACAUUAAAAUACAGCUUACCUUUAACCCAGUGAGUGGUGAGGCAGCCGGGUGGGUCUAUGAGUUGAAGCCUAGUCUACAUGUUACAGCAUCUGUUCACUAGGUGCAAAGCUACAAGCAAUUGCAGAGGAUUUGGGUUCAAUUCCCAGCACUCACAAGGCUGGCUGUAAGGCCAGGUGAGGGGGAUCUGCAGGCACACACAUGGCACACAUGGUGGGUAUAUAGACAUACAUGUUGGCAAAAACCCUCACAUACAGAAAAAUAACAUGUUUAAAGGAUUUUUUUGUUAAGUGUUGAGUAAAUAAAAUGAGUGUUUUUGAUUG